CUUCGCCGUAAACCUCAGAUUGAAUGUCUCCAGUGUACGCAUUUGUCAAAGCUGGAGCAAAACGGGAGGAAGUGUGCAAACGCUCUCCAAAAUACCCCAAAACUGCAUUUAUGUGGAUGUGCGGCUUCCUCGCAGCGGAUGUGGAUUGAGUCGCGGUGAGCUCCGCCAAGCCUCCUCGCCGCACUGGUGAGAAGGGGGGGGGGGGGGGGGGGGGGACUAUUUUAUUGUCUGGGAUGCGCAUUUUCGAGAGUGGGGGUGGGAGGAGGACGCGUCCCGCGGCGAGAGCGCGUGGGGGAGUUCUCCGGCUCCAUCAUGGGCGUCUGGGACAAUAACGACUCGCCUCCUUGUUACCUCCGCUCUCAUCCGGCGUUGCCAUGAAGAUCGUUGCGCAGUGCAGCGCCAAACAUCAUAGCCGGAUUUGGGAUCGGCGGCGAUUACAUAAAAGAAUCAUCCUUGUCUAGACCCCCCCCCCCUCUUUUAUUUUUGCUUCUCAUAUCCCCUCCACGUCUCGUGUGCAUGUAAGGAGAGUCACUUUUUGGGGGGGUGGGGGCUGUGUCGUGGGCACAGAUGAGAGGCAAGACAUAUCACCCUCCGCUGAAGUUGACAGCACCCUGGGAGAAGGAUGCUGGCUUCGGCAGGAAGCUCAAGACCUACAGGAACCAUACCAAGAUAAUAGCGCACCCCGGCAUCGUGAUGAAAGUGCUGCGCAGGAAGCGGAUUGUGCUGUUUGCGGCCUACUUCCUGCUCCUGGUGCUCACCAUGCUCAACUUGGCCAACUACAAGUGGACCAAGGAGCCGCAGCCUUGCAGCCACCCCAUGAGGGGCGCCACCUACCAGGGUCGCUCUGACCUGCGCUACCUCUACAGGCCCUCGCUAGCCAAGAAGAGGCAACUCAUCUACGUGCUGACGACGUGGCGCUCGGGCUCGUCCUUCUUCGGCGAGCUCUUCAACCAGAACCCCGAUGUGUUCUUCCUGUACGAGCCCAUGUGGCACAUCUGGCAGAAGCUGUACCCGGGCGACGCCGUGUCUCUGCAAGGGGCGGCGCGCGACAUGCUGAGCUCACUGUACCGCUGCGACUUGUCCGUCUUUCAGCUUUACAACAGCCCCGGGGGUAAAAAUUUCACCUCGUUGGGGUUGUUUGGCGCCACGCUUAACAAGGUGGUGUGCUCCUACCCGCUCUGCUCGGCCUACAAGAAGGACGUGGUGGGGAUGGUUGAUGACAAAGUGUGCAAAAAGUGCCCCCCGCAAAGCCUCCGGCUGCUAGAAGACGAGUGCCUCAAGUACAACACGGUGGUCAUCAAAGGGGUGCGCAUUCUGGACGUCAACGUUCUGGCGCCCCUCAUGGAGGACCCCUCCUUGGACCUGAAGGUGAUUCACCUGGUCCGAGACCCGCGGGCGGUAGCCAACUCCCGCAUCAAGUCCCGGCAUGGCCUCAUCCGGGAGAACCUGCAGGUGGUGCGCAGCCGGGACCCCAAACUCCGCCGGAUCCCGUUCGUGGAUGCCAGCCACAAGGCCAACAAGAAGGACGGCUCGGACUACCACUCCAUCGGCGCCAUGGAGGUAAUCUGUGACCGCACCUCCCGGACGCUGAGGACUGCGUUGAACCCGCCUGGUUGGCUCAAGGGCAACUACAUGGCCGUGCGUUACGAGGACCUGGUGGACAACCCGGUCAAGACGCUGCGCGGCAUCUACCGCUUUGCCAAUCUGACGGCCAACCGCGACAUCGAGUCGUUUGCCCUCAACAUGACCAGCGGAUCCAACUCGUCGUCCAAGCCCUUCAUCGUGUCGUCGCGCAACGCCACGCAGGCGGCCAGCGCCUGGCGGACGGUGCUCAGCAUCCAGCAGAUCAAGCAGGUGGAGGACUACUGCCAUCACUCCAUGUCUGUGCUGGGCUACGAGCGCGUGCGGACCGCCGGUGAGGCCAAGGACCUGAGCAAAUCAUUACUGACGCACUCAAAGCUGUGAAGACGCUGCCAAAGACGCAAAGUGGGGGAAUCUCGUUGGCCUCACAUUGGGAAUGUAGCGCCUUUUGAACGGCGCCUGCAAGGACCGAUUGCUUUUUUUUAUCGGAACACUGGAUGCCAUUCGUUGCCAGGCCUACUAAUGACAAUGAAAAUCUCUUUGCGCAGGGGUUCUCAAACAUUUUGGGUCUGGGUCAGGAGCUCCUUGAAAAUGUUUAUCCAAAGACCACCUUACAAUCCCAUCAUCACAAUUAGGGAUGGGUUCGAUACCACCGAUACAAAUAUUCACUCUUUGAUACCAAGUACCGAUACCUGCAGUGCUUUCGGUAUAUCAAAUUUGAUUUAAAUAAAUUUGCAAAUUAUAAUUCAAGCAAAGUAUGAAUCUUGAACCAGCCACCAGUUUGAGAACCUCUGGUGUGACGUUUGUGUAAAUUUAAAAGUGGAUGUUAUUUUUUGAAUGUUUGGAAGAAAAAAAGUGUUUUCCAGUCUCCAUAUCAUUUGUACAAGUGAAACUAGUGGAUAAAAAAAAUAUGUUUAAGGUCAAAGACAAUCAAUGCCAUAUUCGAGUAGGCCGACGUCAGACUAGAUUAUUUUGUUUGUUUUGUUAUUGUUUUUUUUUUUUUGUCCUUGUGGGAUGAUGCACUGUGGACAAUGCCUCGACUGCUGCGGAGCUGCCAAAGUCCUCGUCGUCCAUGUGAGCAGUCUUGUUUUUCCAAUGUUUACAAUCGUUGGCUUUACUCUCAUCUAACGCUCACGUGACCUCCAUUAUGUGGUGGUGGUGGGGGGGAGGGGAAUAUCCAGUAAACAAGCAAAGAGUUACUACGCAUUUUAUCCCGUGUAUUGAUUCGAUAUUGCACGCUAACUGACAUUUAACACCAGAGGUUGCAGUCAUAUUUUUCUUCCCCCACUCAGCCUUUGUUGUGGUGUGAUAAAACAGAGAAGAGACAAAAAAGAAAACAUGAUUCUCGAUGCUUAAAGUGGCCCCAAAAUGACACAUGCAAAGUGUAAUCUUGUCAUUGUGUGCUUCCACAAUGACAAGAUUACACAGUAAAGUCUGAGAGAGCUCCUCCCCCCUCCCUCCCUCUUCUUCAUCUUCUUCUCGCCAUCAGUUUAUUCUCCCUUGCAUUGAAACAGCCACUUCACACUUCAGUGCCUUUAAAUUGACCCACAAAAAAGAAUUCAUUCUGAACACAGAGGAUCCUUCUAAUGGCCAAUAUGUCGGAUAUUCUGAAAAACAAAAAACACACAACCAGCAUCUAGAAUUUUGCGGCUCUCUAGGGAAAAAAGACGACUGGUUGAAUUUUGAUUUCAAAAUGUCGCCUUCUUUAUACAGCGAUUUAGUCGACACUGAAUCAACAGCGCCAAAAAUAUGUCUUCGAUUUGAAUUCGAUUAUUUGUUCAGCUCUAGUCUAGUUUACAUAGUUUUUAAAUUUUAAAACAAACAAAAAAAAGCCAGACACAGCAUUCCACUGUGGUAUCUCCAAAAUGUCCAAGCAUGCGCGUCGCACUAUUGAAAGCUCACAUUGUCCUCACAACGAUCUCUAUGUUAAAUUCAAAUUUGGCUGACAUUGUGGAAGCUAGCAGCUUGCCUGUUUCCACUCCGAUGCGCUUGGUGACCCCGUUGGUUUUGCAAGGCAGGGCCUUUGCUUUCGGGGGCAACGAGUACCGAGAAGCCGGAGUCAGAGGUACUAAGACCUCCCCGCUGGAAGAUCAAAUCACAUCCUUCGGCAGGUGUUUAUAGAAAAUAUUGCAAACAAUAUCUCUUUAAAACAGGAAAAAACUAAAACACCAGCCCUGAAAAGACGAGAAAGUAUGUCUGGUACGCCGCUGCCUUUAUAAUAAAGUGUCAAUGCACUUGCCUUGAAUCACAAAGCAGCAGUCCCACUUGGCAAAAUGACCUCCGAUGUCACCCGCGCAAUUUAGCACGCAUAAGAUAAAGCAGUGAAUUAAAGAUGAACGCGCAUACAUACUUCAUUGAAUUCAAACAAAUUCCUCCUCUGUGGAGUUCGACUCUGGGACUCUCAGAAAGUGCAUGUCGUUUAAUAUCCCUCCAUUUGAUAAUGUAUCAAAUUAAUUUCUCCCAUUGAAAUGUACUGAAAUUAAUCUGAGGGGAAACAAAUUGCAACUAGAUUAUUGAUAAAAAUUCUUUGUUAAAUCCAUUAAUCUGUUCCAGCUCCUGUAAAAAUGACAUUUUUUUGGCUAGAUGAUUUUAAUCCAGAUAGACAUGCAAAACUAUGGCACCAAAUUAAAAAAACUGUAUCAAUUAAUGCCAUAAACUGUAUGAGACACAAAAAAAGGCCUCAUAAUAAUAUUUAAAAAAAAGAGGCCAUAGGGUUUAAAUAAAAUUGCGCCCUUGGACCUUCAGCAUAAAUCCUGCCUUUGUGUUUGAGUCCAGAGAGUCCAUAAAGUCAAAAUAAUGUGGAGCGCCCGGUCACCAGGCCAUUAAGCGCUCCGAUUAGAUUAGUUGCAACCGUAAUGGAGUCGACAGAAGACUCAAGGGGGCUUUCCCAUUUAACUGCGCCCGUGUUUAGUCUUGCGCCUAUCAAUAAUAACCAACACUCAACGCUCACUUUAUGAGGUUUACCUGUUUGGAAUUUUACCCGGUUAAAAGAUAAUCAUAUUUAUUGCAGGAUGCAUUUGGCGAAUUUACUUUUUACCAGUAUGACCAUUUAGUAGGACAUAAAAAAAAAACCUUCUGACUGAGUGCACCUAAUUAAUCAAUGCGGCACAAAUGCCAAAGAUUGUUAAUGAGAUUGGGCCAUACCUGCAUUUGCGAAGAAGCAGUGUAGCAAUGCGGAGGCAGAAGCAAAGCAGCGGAAUACAGAAAUGCCCCCUUGGGAAUUUUUGCAGUACAAACGCAAUCAGGGAAAAGUGGCGCAGACAAAAGGAAUAUUUUAUAUUAUAUAUUGCUGACGGAUAAACUUCGUAUUAACGGACGGACACAAAUCCAGAUUGGUGACAAUCGUCUGGAUUGAAAAAAAAUACAGUUUUUUUCCAUGUAUAAUGCGCAAAAUGUAACUAAUUUAUUGUCCUAAAAUCUGGGGUGCGCAUUAUACAUGGGUACAAUUUUUUUUAAUCCGGAUAUCAUACGGAGGCCGCCAUUACAAAUGUGCUUUCUUCUCUGCUGUUCACUUCAAACACACUCCAUACGAACACAAUGCUCUCAUAUCAGACGCUUGCUCGAUCACCUGCUCGUUUGCUGUCACAAUGUACCCUACACAAAUCCGAAACAUUUCUUCGCUAUUGAGUUUGCUAGCGCAUGCGCAGUGAUACUGACCGGCAGAAUAACAUCCGGUUGUUCCCAAAGAUGAUCUUUUUUCUGAAAUAAUUUUACGUUUAUGGACUUAAGUAGGAGUCAAAAUUUGGGUGCGUAAGCAUGGGUACAGGCUUUUUUCCAGCAUCAACAUGCCAUUUUUAGGGUGCGUAUUAUACAUGGGGGCGCAUUAUACAUGGAAAAAAACGGUAAAUGAUCAAAUUAAACACGCAGAUCACACACACACACACACACACACACGCCCACACACACCCACACACGCACACACACACACACACACACUCACACACAUAUGCACACACACACGAAAAGUCAAGACCCGCCACGGUUUGACCUUUUGACGCAAUUUAAACAAAAUCAGCCUCAUCGUCUGUAGAUCGCGCCAAGAAAAUGUCAGCCGGCUAAACCUUUGAUUAGCGACAAACAGCGCCGCAAUUAGAGCCGAUCGUCUGACUGGCAGCCAUUAUUAUCCCCCUUAGGGGCAGGGAAAAGAAACGAGGUGGUUGGUGGUGGUGGGGAUAGUAUGUAACCCGCUGGAUCGAAAUGAAACCUUUAGCGUUAGGGUUAGGUGGCAUCUUGGUGUUAUAAUAUUUUUAUGUGUGUGUGCUGAGCUUCAGUCUAAUAAUAAAAAAAAGAGAAAAAACUCAGUCCAGGAUGAUGCAGCACCGGCCACUUUUCUCUCGAGCUGCCGACUCAUGUUGCUAUUAAUAACGCUGUGAUGUGGAAGUCAUUGCUUUAGGGGCUUCACAAAAACCUUGACUGAGCACAAAUUACAUAACUAUGAAGUACAGAAAAUAAAUUAGAGUACUUUUGGGUCAAGAAAGUUGUGCUUGUUGCUCGACUUUAACUACUGUACAACGUAUUUUGUGGACAUAGAGAUGCAGGACCCUAAUAUAUACGUAUGUAUAAGUUAAAGUUAAAGUCCCAAUGAUCGUCACAUACACAUCUGGGUGUGGUGAAAUUUAUCCUCUGCAUUUAACCCAUCCCCAUGUGAUUUUGAUCCAUCCCCUGGGGGAGAGGGGAGCAGUGAGCAGAAGCGGUGCCGCGCUCGGGAAUCAUUUGGUGAUCUAACCCCCCAAUUCCAGCCCUUAAUGCCGAGUGCCAAGCAGGGAGGCAAUGCGUCCCAUUUUUAUAGUCUUUGGUGUGACCCGGCCAGGGUUUGAACCCACACCCUUCCAGUCUCAGGGUGGACACUCUACCACUAGGACACUGAGCUGGUAUAUACUAUAUUAGGUCACAGAUUUUAGCUUGUAUGUAAAAAAAAAAAAAUUUCAGAUCCCACAAAACUCACUCAGAUACUUACAUUUUGUGAGAAUGUGAAGACAGACGUCGCUUAUGAGUUGCUCAUGCUCCGUUCAUAGUCAUUGAGUAGCAGGUGUAAGUCCGCGCUUAUUUGUACAUGUUUGGCCAUAACAAGUCAAUGGUGCAGACUUAACUGCAAAUGAGAUGUCAUGCGUGAGUUGUGACAAUGAACUAAACAACAAAGCGAGGCGCG